AUGAAGAAAUGGCAGGCACAACUAGAAGCUGCCAGUACUUUCAAGGACGAUGACAGCAUGGUCAGCGAUGGAAGCAUGAACAUGCAGAUCUACAAGUCGACCUCAAAGAUGGAUUCAUUGAAGCACUGUUCUCAAUGGACCAAAGAUAACAAGAAACCUUUCAAGUCUAAUGGAAGUAAGCACUGGGAUAUUGAUCUUGGUGUGCAUCUUGAUUCUGGAUCUACGUUCAGCCUACAAAUGAACGAAGAUUACGCCAAACCUGGCACUGUGUCUGACCUGGAUUACAUGUUCAACUACGGUACAAACACUGGCCAACGUGAUCUGCACCAGCAGGUCAAAUCAAGUAUUAUCAAAGGACACACUUGCUUGCUUGAUACUGAAGCGCAAUGUAACCUCGAUAAUUUAUCAGAGCUUGUGAAGCUUGGAUUCCGUGUCAUUAUGGACACUGAUAUUGAAAACUCUUUCAUCAUUACGAAGGGGGAACAACAAAUGCAACAUGUGCAUCAAAACGGAUUGUACACUUUUGUACCCGAUGGUAGGGCAGAAAGUAAUGAGGGAUCCGAAUACUCUGAGUGUGAAUACAGAGAAUGUGGAAAAUGUGACUGCGACGCGUUUGGUGUUGCACACACUGAAUGCCAUAAAUGUGGCGUUAUUUUCUGUGGUAGAAUUUUAAAAAUUAGCUAUCCCAAUCUGAGUGUUGUGUUGCACAUUGAUCUUGUUUUUGUUAACAAUUCAUUCGGACUCACGACCAUUGAUGGGAGUGUGAGAUACCGGUGCUACAUACCCUUGGCCUCACGAUCCAAGACGGCAUUGUAUGACGCAAUUGAUAAAUGUUUUCGGCUUUAUAAUGCACGUGAUUUCACGGUGAAAAAGAUUUAUUGCGAUGGAGAAUUCCGUCCGGUAUUUGAGCCCAUGAAAGAUGAACUUGAAGUUCAAAUGAACUAUGCCAGCAGAGGCAAGCAUGAUCCAAAUGCGGAACAAAAUAGCCAACAUGGUGUGAUAUACUGA